GGACAAGCGGCGGGCGAGCAAGGCGCGGUAGCUACUGUCCGGGUCGUCCUCCAGUGCCGCACUGUCGGGCUGGGAGUCCUCCACGAUCAGGCACGGGUUCUCUGCAUGGGGCAAACUCGAAUCCAGGUCACUUCCGCUAGGAUCCAUCGGAUUAUGGCAUGCAAGGACAGCAGGUAGCGUAGCUGCUGCGCCAAAACAAAGAACGAAUGCAGAUAUUAUAGGAACAACUGCCUGACUGUUAGGCAGAGAUGAUCAAUAUAAUACAACUGAAUCCAUCCGUGUGGUGCCAUGGACUUGCAGUCCCCUUUCCGAUAAAUAGCUAGUUAGAAGACUACAACAGAAUUUGCUAGUCUAACUAGCUAGCUACCGGUAACGAGUUAGCCUAGCUACGUUUAGGAAGUGAGAGCACAACACAUGACUGAGAGCAAAACGUUGAGCCAACUAGUUAGCUAGUCCAUAAAAAAACAGCCAUGCAUAAUAUUGAUUUACUUAGCUAGUGAGUUUGCUAAAAAUUAUAUUUCAUAAUUACGAUUGCAACCACAAUUUGAGCUGGUGUCCUUUUGGCAUAGUUAGCUACCUUGGCGGUCCAACAACUAGCCCAAUAAUUUCAUUAGCCCAUCCCCCUUUCUCCAAAUUCGCGGUAAAACUACACAUAAGGAUGGUUAUGAUUGAUCUGGGACGCUUCUGGCUCUGUCGUCAUACCAAAACAGUUUGAGGCGCUUGCUGAGUAAAACAUAAAACAGCAAAACUACUAGCUUCAUACUCUACAGCUAGCUAUAUUUCACGAAAUCGUAACAUUUGUAAACAAGGCUGUAUUGGCAGCAGAACUUCGAAAUCGGAAACCCGUAAACGCAUUCACAGGGGAAAUAUUUGGCAUAAACAUACUAUAGCUUAGCUAGCUAUCUAAUGCUAGUUAGUUGACGUCGUUAUCCAGAAUUGAACAACUAACUACGGACCUUCAAAAUGCAAUGUUGUGUUUGGGGGUGCAAGGCCCAAUAUCGGAAAGGAGGAGGGUUAGGGUUUUUCCGAUUCCCUACUGGAGAGAACGAAAUUGCUCAAAGUCAGAGGAAAACUUGGAUACAAAUGGUGAAGAGAGAAGACCCCGAACCAGAUCUGCCUUCCCGUAGAAACCAAACCUACAUCCGGACCACCCUGACUUUGCCCCAUCCCUCUUCCUUCGCCCAGAGGACUAUGCCUUGAGUCCUAACACAGCUCAGACAGAAGGGAAAAGAAACAUGCAGAGCUAUGACAGGGCAGUGAAGAAGAAGUGCCUUGACCUGAGUGAGGUUGGAGGUGCUGACCUGAGGGACAGUUAUGCUGACACCACAGAAGAAACUGAAGAGCAGGACCUGGGCACCUGUGUAUCGUGUGAGGUCCUGAGGAAGUCCUUAAAUGAUUUGCGGUCCAGGCAUGAUGCUCUGCAAGUCGAAGCUGUCAAUCUCAGGAUGGAGAGAGACUUUUACAAAGAGAACGCAUCUCAAUCCUCUCUCUUUGUUGACACCUUUACAGACCGAGACAAUCAAACGCAUACAGUGAGGGAAGUGCCAAGCAUGGCUAAACAAAAUGGUAUGAACCAACAAUGUACUGGGAUGGUUGAGGAGCCAUGUCUUAUGGAGGUUGAGGGGCCAUGUUCUGUGAAGGUUGAGGAGCUUUGUCCUGUGAAGGUUGAGGGGGACUAUGAUCAAGUGUUGAUUAAGGAAGAGGAACAACAGGUCCAAAUAGAACUUUGUAGCCCCUUGGCUAGUCAGGACAAAGUGACCCAUGUCUCCCAGGAUAAACCUACCCAGCAUAACAACAUCAUGAAGGCUACCAGGUGACCAUGUCUGUUAGCUCAGGAUAAACCCAUCCAGAUAGUCAACACAAUGUCACUCACUAGAGUGGUAGCCCCCAGGCCCCCAAGUCAGGUAACCAAGGAUAAACCUAUCCAGCUUACCAAAACCAACGACCAAUGUUCAGUGAAGGUUGAGGAGUCAUGUUUUGUGAAGGUUGAGGUGGACUAUGAUCAAAUGUCAAUUAAGGAAGCAGAGCAACAGGUCCAAAUAGAAAUCUGUAGCCCCUUGGCUAGUCAAGACAAAGUGACCAAUGUCUCUCGCAGGCUGCCAAUUCAUGUCCCCAAGGAUAAACCUAUCCAGCUUGCCAAAGCCGUAGUAGAAAGCCACCUAAUGACUAACCAUCUGCCUGGCAGCCAAACCACUGCUGAGCCUUUGCAGAAGACUCCUCUGUCAGCUCAAAGGACACCUGUUGCAGGCAAACUAAUUCAGAGAAGCAUAACAGACACAGAGAGGGAUGAGUUGCUUUGGCUGGGCUACAUGAAGUGGAAUGUGCAUCUUCCUGUAAGCACAAUUAGAACCGCACACAAGUUUCAGACGCCUAGGGCAACAGUGCAAUACCUUCUACACGCGGUCUUCUCCCAAUGUGAACUCGCCACCAGCAAUCUCAAGGGCAUUCCUGCACUGGGCCUUAACAAACUGGACCCGGACAAACUUUCUGCCAUAAGACAGUUUGUCACCACCAAGUUUCGCCGUUUAGACAUGCGUCAAUGUGGUAAAGACUGGGUAAAGUGCCGGCGCCAGAUAACCAGCAUGCUCAGAAACAUUCGGAAGGAGGACAGGAAGAUGAGGGGGCUCUCAGGAAACCUUUGUAUGAUAGAGAAGGUGUUAACGGAUCAGAGUUUGCCCAGUCAGCCAUCGCCUCUCUCAUUCCCCUCGAUCUCCCAACAGCACACAGCUGCCUUCUACAGCCCAACAGAAGAAGAAGAGAUCCUCUGUCUGGAGAGUUAGGUUACACAAUAUCUGUAAUGAUGUUUGCAUUUUCUUGUAAUAAACAGUUUGUUGGGAGUA